AUGGACCUCGUCCUUCUCUGUGUAUUCCUGCCUCUGGUGACCAUGGUGUGGGGCCAGUAUGGUGACUAUUACUAUGGCCCUUAUAACUACGGAGAUAAUGAUGAAUGGGCCAACGUGUACCGACAGGGUUUCAACUUCCAGUGCCCGCACGGGCAGGUGAUUGUGGCCAUCAGGAGUGUUUUCAGCAAGAAGGAAGGCUCCGACAGACUGUGGAACUACGCCUGCAUGCCGGCGGCCCAGAGCCUCGGUGAGCCGACAGAGUGCUGGUGGGAAGAGAUCAACAGGGCGGGAACCGAAUG